UGUGUGGUGGAAGAGUCAAAACUUGUGCCAGGCAUCGAAUUUAUAUAUUACAUUUUUUUUUAUUUCAAUUAGUUCAGUUUUUUUUGUUUGUAACAAUAAUUUUCGAAUGUUCGUAAAGUAGUAUCUUGUGUUCGCCGUUCUUUAGUACAAAUAUAAUAACUACAUGGUCAUGGCGGAGAUGUCGGAUACGCCGUCGAGCCGAUUCGAGAAGUCGCUGGGGCUGCUUACCACGAAAUUCGUGAACCUCCUGCAGAACUCGAACGGAGGCGUUCUGGAUCUGAAAGUGGCUGCAGAUCAACUGGCUGUGAGGCAGAAACGAAGGAUAUAUGACAUCACAAAUGUGCUUGAAGGGAUUGGACUCAUCGAGAAGAAAAGUAAGAAUAGUAUACAAUGGAAACCAUACACAUACAAGGAUUCACUGCCUUCCUGCACGCGCAAUGAGAUUGCCAAUAAGGUGAUGAAAUUAAAGAAAGAUAUUAGCAAAUUAGACUAUAUGGAAAACAAACUGGAUAAGCACAGGUCAUGGAUUGAGCAGAGUAUAAGAAAUGUGACAGAGGAUUUAGACAAUAUGCGAUAUCUGUAUGUAACCAAAGAUGAUUUAAAAGAGGUGUAUGGUUCAAAGCAAAGGAUACUAUUGAUUCAAGCACCAUUAAACACAAUUGUAAAAUACGAUGAUCAAGACGACGAUUUCUAUCAGCUGCGGAUAAAAUCGAAGAGCUCACCAAUCGUAGCGUGCAUAAGUAAAGAUGACGAUGUCUCCUCGGUGAAACGUUAUUUGGACGAUUUCGAUACGGAGGAACCCAGGACGAAGAAGUCGAAAAAUGAUAAUUGCCUGUUAAGCUAUACGGACGUGGACGAUGAAAUCGUGACGGCCGACAUUCUAUUUAAAACCGUACACAAUGAUAUUAAUGAUAAUAACAGCCCUAACGGCAACCAAUGUACAAAAGAUUUUGUUCCAUUAAAUCCCUUAUACCAAGACGACUUUAGCUGCUCGUUACUAGAAUCCGAAGGUGCUUACGAUUUGUUCGACAUUGUUACAACUGUAUAAAACAAAUAAUAUUGUUAUUAUUGAUAUCCCGAGAUACGUCUUACAU